AUACUCCUAUUAAAACCGCCCACCACCCUGGUUUUCUAUGUCGGGUGCAAAAGCACCACCUUUUUCUUAAUUUCCUUUUAUUGUGUUUUUGCACCGUUUGGCUUCCAAAAACCCAAGAAAAAUACCUUUCUGUUGACCCAAGUGAUGGAGAAACCAAGUGUUCAUCAAAAGAAAAACCCUAAACCCAAAUCAAAGGAAAAAAUACCAGUGAAGGUUGUCUACAUCUCAAACCCCAUGAAGGUGACGGUUAAUCCCUCGAAGUUUAUGGCCCUGGUGCAAGGGCUCACUGGUCAGGACUCCGAUCCUGCCGACAUGGCGAAAUUCUUGGAGAAUGAUGGGGUCGAUGACCUAAUGAGGAUCCCGGAGCCCGCCACCGACACUAUGGAUGAUGAUUCUGGCACCACCGUAAGGCCGAUCGCCACCGUCGAUCCUGAUCAAGAAUCACUGAUGAGCGACUCUUCUCCGUUUGAUCUCUACGAUGAUGUCUUCACCACGCAGAUGCUAGAGAACUUCACCGGGAGCGUCGGUUUCUUCAGGACCCUCGGUGAGGAGUGAGUUCCACAUGAUCGUUAUGUUUGUAAGUUAUGUGUGAUUGAGUUUCAUAACUCAUGUAAUUAUUCAUAAGUACUGGUCUUUUAGCAUAAUAUGAAUUCUGUAUUUGGUUUCAAUCUAUAAUCAAUAAACGGAUUCGAUUGUGGCGACGA